UAGGGUUCGCGCGGAGUUGUAACCUAUCACCUCCCAUGGUUUGACGACUCGAGUAGGGUAUUAUUUCCAGGCAGCCGGUCCAUGGUUCGAAGUCCAUUCAUACAUAGAUAGACUACCUGCUGCCAUCCAGACAGAUAGACUCUUGUCCCCUCUGCUCUCUUGCUUUGUUCCCAACCAUACAUCGCCAAGCUUGGGUAACUCAAACCUCCUCCUGCUCCUCCUCCUGCUCCUCCACUUCUCCUAUGAACAGCACUCCUACAUUACCAGCAGCAGUAGAAAGACCAACAUCAACAAUCAUCUCCCAAAAUGGGCGGUGCAGGUGGCGACUUCGGUGGUUCCGACCCCGUCAUCUCCCGCCUCGCCAAAGAGGACCCAAUUCCCUGGUACAAGAAACCCAACCUGCGAUUCCUCUACUUUAUGCUCUUCCCGACAUGUAUGGGCAUCGAGUUGACGUCGGGGUUUGAUUCCCAGAUGAUCAAUGCCCUCCAGAUUUUGGAGUCGUGGAUCCAGUACUUCGACAAUCCGCAGGGAGCUCUCAAGGGUAUCAUCAGCGCAGCGUACUCUCUUGGUGCCAUUCUGUCUCUUCCCCUGGUGCCCAUCAUCAAUGACAGGUUCGGUCGAAGAUGGUCUAUUGCUCUUGGCUCAAUCGUCAUGAUUGUGGGCGCCAUCAUUCAGGGUUUUUCCCAACAUGUCGGCAUGUACAUCGUCGCCCGUAUGAUUCUCGGCUUCGGCAUCCCCACUUGCAUCGUCUCCGGCUCCUCCCUCAUCGGCGAACUUGCCUACCCGAAAGAACGUCCCGUCUUGACCUCGCUCUUCAACGUGUCCUAUUUCGUCGGGCAAAUCGUUGCUGCCGCCAUUGUCUUUGGCACCAACAGCAUCGCGAGCAAUUGGGGUUGGAGAAUCCCCUCGCUUCUCCAGAUUUGCCCAUCGCUGCUUCAACUUACCUUUGUCUUCUUCAUCCCCGAGAGUCCCCGCUGGCUAAUCACCAAGGACCGCUCUCAAGAAGCCCACGACAUCCUAAAAAAGUACCACGGAGAGAUGGAGCGCGGUGAGGAAUUCGUUGCCGCCGAGUUCGCCCAGAUGCAAGCCGUCAUCCGUCUCGAAUACGAAACCGUCUCCAAGAGCUCGUGGAUGGAUCUCCUCCGGACCCCGGGCAUGCGCAAGCGUCUUCUCAUCUCGUCCAUGCUCGGUCUCUUCACCCAAUGGUCCGGCAACACCCUCAUCUCCUACUUCCUCGGCGACCUCCUCAAGAUGAUUGGCUUCACCGACUCGACCUUCAUCCAAAAGAUCAACGUCUCCAUCGCCUGCUGGAGUUUGUUCUGCGGCGUGACUGUUUCGCUCCUAGUCACUCGCAUCAGACGUCGUAUCAUGUACAUGGCCUGCACCAUCAGCUUGCUGCUGUGCUAUAUCGCAUGGACCGUCUCCAUGGAGCGCGCCAUGACAGGCAAGGCGAAUGGGACACCCAACAACGGGGCAAACAUCGCCACCCUCUUCUUCAUCUACAUGUACUCGCCGUGCUAUAACAUGGGUUAUAACGCCUUGACCUACACUUACAUGGUGGAAGUCUGGCCGUAUGCCGAGCGCUCCCGUGGUAUUGCCGUCUUCCAGCUCUUUGGUCGUCUGGCCGGUUUCUUCACCACCUUUGUCAACCCCAUCGGUCUGAAGAACGUUGGCUGGAAGUAUCUCAUUUCGUACUGCUGCUGGCUCGCAUUCGAGGUCUGCUUCGUCUACUUCAUGUUCCCUGAAACCAUGGGUCGGACCCUCGAAGAGCUUACCUUCAUGUUCGAAGGCGAGGACCUUCAGAGACAGGCCAAUGCCGCUGCCGAGAAGGUGGUCAACCACACUGAGCAUGACACGACUGGCCUUGGUAGGUGCAGCACCAACGAAAACAAGCUGGGCGGCUCGGCUGAGGUAAAGGAGCAUGUCCCUUGAUUGAGUUUUGGAUGGUGAACGUGGAGUUCUGCGUCGGCUUGGGAAUGGUUCUUGGGUUUUGAACGUUUGUGGAUCGUUGGGUCUGUCUUCCUACAGAUACGAUGUCAUGUGCCGGGAUGGAAUUGGAGCAUUUCUUCUUUGAUGUCUUGGAUGUGAACUCGUCUUUGAGGAAAUGAGAUGAGUUACGAUC